AUGGUCAUGCCUGGGGGCACGGAAAGUGUAUUAGGUAUGUCGGUAGAUAUGUGCGACAUUGCCGAAGAGAUUUAUAUAAGUGAGAAAGCAUUUGAAAAUAUGAGGAAUCUUUUAUACAUAAGAUUCUUCAGGAAAGAAGGUCUAAGUUAUCUGCCACAGCUAAGGCUAUUGCAAUGUGAUGCGUAUCCGCACAUGUUCUUGCCUUCUCGCUUCCGAACGGAAUGUCUCGUGGAACUCGACAUGUCUCAUAGCAAGCUUAAGACCCUAUGGGGAGACAAUGCUCAGACUAAGGUGAGGAGAUUGGUUAAUAUUCCUUAUAUUUUAGACGCGCUAUGUUUGAGAGGUAAUACUCAACUAGUGGUUAUUACAAACUACCUCAUACGACUACGUCGCCUACGCAUGAUCGACAUCUCCUUUUGCGUAAAUAUCGUAUGGCUACCGAAGUUUCCGUGCUCAGUACGGCAUAUAACAGCUUUGAACUGUGAAUCACUUCAAACAUUACAUGGCCCCUUUCGUAACCCUAGCAUUCGCCUCAACUUCACUAAUUGCUUGAAGCUAGAUCACAACGCACAAGAAGAGAUCCACCAAUCUGUUUAUGGUGUUGCCAUCUUACCAGGAGGACAAGUUCCCGCAUACUUCACUCACCGACAUAGCGGACCAUCGGUGAUGGUGUUUUCAAAUUCGAUGGAUCUGUCAAGUUUCUCAAGCUUUAAACGGGGAAUAGGUUCAAAGGCUGUGACACAUCUUUCUACACAAGCUUACGUGGUGAUCCCAUCAAGACGUAUUACACAGUUAUGUCGAAUCAGCCGGAGCUUAGAGUGGAUCAUAUUUGCAUGUUUGAGUGUGUUUUUGCCACCUGACUACGAUGGUGCAGUUGCAACGCAUUUGGGGGCUCGUCGUAGUACGACCAGGUUGAUGAAGUUUGACUUCAAUUGUCAUGGUUGCGAAGUUGUGGAGUGUGGUGUACUAUUCUUGGAGGCUCGUCAAUCUCCGGUCCCUGAAAAAAGAGUUGGGCCUAGUUCCAAAUGUCCAACGCCUGCCAAAAGAUUCAGGGCACAA